AUGGCCAGCCCAUCCUUCAGGACUUCUCAUCUUUUCACCAUCUCGGGGCUGCUCUAUUACUCCACCUGCUUGGGAGUGUCGACUUCUGCUAAUGUGGAAGACAGCCCCAACCAUCCUAACAGGUCACACUUUCCUCUCUGCCAGGGACAAAAGGGUGACCCUGGAGUGACGGGUCCGCCUGGCCUCCCUGGACCUCCCGGCAAACUUGGCCCCCCAGGAGCACCAGCUUCAGGACAAUCUGUAAUUGGACCCAAAGGGGAAAGAGGACCUCCUGGGCCUCCAGGAAGAUGUCUUUGUAGAUCUUCCAUGAAUAUGAAUAACCCAUCAUAUGAGGACUAUGAGCAUGGACCGAACUACCCCAGAGUGCCUGUGAUUUUUGUGGUGAACAAUGGGGAGGAGCUGGAGCGGCUGAGCACCCGAAACGCAAUCGCUUUUCGUAAAGACCAGAGAGCUCUCUAUUUCAAGGACAGUGUUGGCUGGCUCCCCAUCCAGCUUACCCCUUUCUAUCCUGUGGAUUACCCUGUAGACCAUGGCAGCUCUUGUGGAGAUGGGAUCCUACAACCGGGGGAGGAGUGUGAUGAUGGCAACAACAUGGUGGCUGACGACUGCAUAAGAUGUCAUCGAGCAUAUUGUGGAGAUGGUUAUCGACACGAAGGUGUGGAAGACUGUGAUGGAAGGGACUUUGGCUAUCUGACUUGUGAGACCUAUCUCCCAGGGUCCUAUGGGGAAUUGAGAUGUACUUCACACUGCUACAUUGACUCCACACCGUGUCGCUAUUUCACAUGAAGUGAUGCAAGGUGGACAGUAUCCCCUGUGGAAUGGACAGCAGCUGCCAUGACACUAAUUCAGACUGGCAUAGUCAUGCCAAAUCUCUGCAUGAAGAAAACAAAAACCAACCAUCUUGCUGCUGACGGCUAUUGGAGAUGUAUGCUUAAUUAGUUCUGACUGGAAGAAAAAUGGACCACUGUAUCCUUGUCUUAAUCCAAAAUGUAGAUGGCAUCUCAUAGACUCACUCGUGGGAGCU